AUGCGUAUCGAGAAGUGUUAUUUCUGCUCCGCCAACGUCUACCCAGGACAUGGUACGAUGUUCGUCCGUAACGAUGCGAAAUGCUUCAGGUUCUGUUCGUCGAAAUGUCACAAGAACUUCAAGAUGAAGAGGAACCCUAGAAAAGUCAGGUGGACAAAGGCCUUCAGGAGGGCGAAUGGGAAAGAGAUGGUCGUGGACUCUACAUUCGAAUUCGAAAAACGACGAAACGUCCCUGUCCGAUAUGACCGAGAAUUGGUGGCUACCACGUUGAAAGCUAUGGAGAGAGUCGCAGAGAUCAAAGCUAAGAGGGAGAAGGCAUUCUGGAAGAAUAGAAUGUCAGGUAACGCCGCUAAGAAUGCCAGAGACGCCGCUCUCAACAUCGAGAAGCACAUCGAACUCGUCCAACCUCGUUCGGGUACUACCGCUGCGGCUGUACCGAAUCUCGAAGAGAAAGAGAAGAUCAGAGAAAAGAUCAAGGUCCGUGCGGCAGGAAGAAAAGCCAUGGCAUUACAGCAACUUGAAGGUAAAACAAAGAAUAAGACAAAGAAGGAAAGUAGGCUGAUCCCUUCUGGUGGAGCUAGUAUGGGUAUGAACGUGGAUUAG